ACUUUACUUCUCCAGACUCCAAAAGCCGAUAUGUGCUCAAAGCUCGGGAUGGAUUUGAAGCGAACAAUGCUGCUGCGACUUGCACGGCGGGAUCCUAAAUUGCAUCCCGAUGAUCCAGCCAGAAGAGAGGCGAUCUAUAAUAAGUACCAGGAAUUUGUGAUCCCAGAAGAGGAAGCUGAAUGGGUUGGCUUGAGUUUAGAAGAAGCAAUAGAAAAACAGAGGCUCCUAGAAAAAAAGGACCCUGUCCCACUCUUUAAGGUGUAUGCUGAAGAGCUCGUCAACCAGCUGAAAGAACAGGCACUGCAGAAGCAGUAG